GAGAGGGGGCUGGCCCGGCCCCUGGGGCAGGUGCGGGGCAGGCCUCAGACACAGAGCCCCAGAACGGGCAAAGGAGAAGGGGCGAGAGAGAGGGCUCGGGGCGGCCGCGGACGCCGGAGGGGCUGCCUUCUCACCCACCGCUGCUGGGACGCUGACCGCGGGCUGCGUGCCUUCAGGCAACGAAAACGGACCCCGCGGUCCCUGGAGGGCGGGGCUCCACGAUGAGGCUCGGGGCCAAAGCUGAGGAGGGGGCGGGGCCGGCUCCUCCUGGGGGGCUCCCCACAUUCUUGGCCGAGGCCCCAUCGCCCCAGUGUUGCCGCUCGAGGGCCCUGGUGGUGCCCUUGGGCCCCCAGGUGAUCGAGAACACCGGCCAGUCCCCAGGCCCUUGCUCGCACCCAAAGCGCACGCGCCGUGUGCCCGCCCGGUGCUCUCACACCCCCGCGUGCCUGUCUCACCUGCCGAGAGGAAGAAAGGAAAAGGGCGGGAGCGUGCAGCCGGUGGAGAGGGGGUGGCCCGGGCUCCAGGGAAAGGCUGAUGCCCGCUCACGCCCACCGGCCUCCCGGCACCUGGGGGCUGCGCACCCCCCGGGGGCCGGAACGCGGUCCGCCCGGCCUCUGCCUCGCCAGGGUGGCAGCCGCCAGCCCGGGUCUGCGGUGGCAGUCCGACUGGGCCCCUCUCCCCCAGGGUACCGAGAAGGCUUUCUCUGGAAGCGCGGCCGGGACAACGGGCAGUUCUUAAGCCGGAAGUUUGUGCUGACGGAACGCGAGGGGGCCCUCAAGUAUUUCAACAGAAGUGACGCCAAGGAGCCCAAGGCCAUCAUGAAGAUCGAGCAUCUGAACGCCACCUUCCAGCCGGCCAAGAUCGGUCACCCGCACGGCCUGCAGGUCACCUACCUGAAAGACAACAGUACUCGAAACAUCUUCGUCUACCACGAGGACGGCAAGGAGAUGGUGGACUGGUUCAACGCGCUCCGUGCUGCCCGCUUCCACUACCUGCAGGUGGCCUUCCCAGGGGCCAGUGACGCAGACCUGGUGCCGAAGCUGUCCAGGAACUACCUUCAGGAAGGCUACAUGGAGAAGACAGGGCCCAAGCAGACGGAAGGCUUCCGCAAGCGCUGGUUCACCAUGGACGACCGGAGGCUCAUGUACUUCAAGGACCCCCUGGACGCCUUCGCCCGUGGGGAGGUCUUCAUCGGCAGCAGGGAGAGCGGCUACACGGUGCUGGACGGGCUCCCGCCGUCCACCCAGGGCCACCACUGGCCGCACGGCAUCACCAUCGUCACGCCAGAGCGCCGGUUCCUACUGGCCUGUGAAACGGAGUCGGAGCAGCGGGCGUGGAUGGAGGCCUUCCGGAAGGUGGUGGACAGGCCCAUGCUGCCCCAGGAGUACGCAGGUGAGGUGGGCGGGGCAGCCCAGGGCCCCAGCCGCACGGCCCCGAGCGGCCCUGACCCGUGGGACCGUGUCCCUUUUCCAGUGGAAGCCCACUUCAAGCACAAGCCCUAGCACGGACGCUCCUGGAGGCCUGAGGACUCCGGACUCGCCAGAGGUGGCAGGAGAGGCGGCGGCCGGCGGAAGGAGGGACCCGGCAGCCCCCGACGUGGCCAGGUGGGGCCUGAGCCUGAGCCGCUAGGACCCGUUUGUCUGGAACGCCCCUGGGAGCCGGCCGGGCCCGACCCCACCGAGCCG